UUCUGCCGAGGGACGUGUGAUGGGGUAAAGCCGAAGGACUUGUUCACGCCAAACAAGGCCACGAAGCUCGAAAGCAUCAUCGCGAAAAUGGCAGUAGCGCAAGAAGCUUGCCUCAACCACAUCUCCAGAGAAUCCUCGGAUAUUAGGCGCCUCGCCAACUUCUACAAAGAGAUAUUUGGGUUUGAGGAGAUUGAGAGUCCAGAUUUCGGGGAUUUCAAGGUCAUAUGGCUGAAUCUCCCUCAAGCUUUCUCUCUCCACCUAAUUGAGAGGAGCCCUACCACGAAGCUUCCAGAAGGGCCCUACAGCGCAAUCUCACCAGUUCUUGAUCCCAGCCAUCUCCCCAGAGGCCAUCAUAUCUGCUUCUCCGUUUCCAAUUUCGAUUCCUUCGUCCAAACUCUCAAGGAUAAGGGAAUUGAAACUUUUCAAAGGUCUGUUCCUGGUCGCCCAAUUAGGCAGGUCUUCUUCUUUGAUCCAGAUGGUAAUGGUUUGGAAGUUGCAAGUCGUGAUGAAUAGAGUUGAACUCUGCUUGUAAGUACAAAGUUGAUCAUGUAGCUAACUGUUAGUGGGAGAAUAAAUAAAUAAUGAUAAGAACUUGUACUAAAAUUUCCCUUAUAUGUAUAUAUAUGUAGUAGUUCCUUCAUCCUUUUUUAUCCUUUUAUGAUCAUUAUCUAAUCAAGAGUUAUGGCACUGAGUUUUUUCUUCA